AUGCGCCUAUCUUUAGAACAACAUUGGAAGCAUUUGCAUAAGUUCCUCCAGAUUGUCAAAUCCAAUGGUCUAGUUGUUUCAGCUAAGAAAAUCAAGUCGUUUCAAACUAAUGUCAGAUUUCUUGGUUUUAAUAUAUGCCAGUCACGGAUUUUACUAAUUGAUCGAGUCAUUCAGUAUGCUGAUAAGUUUCUUGAUCAAAUUCUUGACAAGAGUCAGCUUCAGAGGUUGCAGAGUAAUCCUCCUCCUUGGUCGUCUGUUCACACUGAAAUUGUCACACAAAUCAAGGUUCAUCUCAAGACACUUCCCUGUCUUGGUAUUCCUUCAGUCGAUUCUUUUAAAAUAGUUGAAACAGAUGCCUCUGACAUUGGUUAUGGUGGCAUUCUCAAACAAAGAUUUGCCCUUCAGUUGCCCCAGCAUCUUUUAAAAAAAUUGUCUCCUUAUUUGCCCAAGAGUAAUUCUCAUUUGUUCAUCCUUGAGCCAAUCUAUGAUUGUCAUUCUGAUCCAGUUGCUAUAGCUAAAGACUACUUCCCUCUGGGAUUUCACUAUAUGCCUCCAAGUCCCUAUAAGUCUCUCAAAUACUAUAGAGAUAUCUUAAUUGAAACCCAAUCAGUUGAAAUCAAGCCGAUAAGGGAUCGUGACCAUCCUGAGAUCAUUCUUUAUCAUUCUAUGUAUAUCUACAAAAUCCUGCGUCAAGAAUCAUUCAGCAGUAAUCCCUACGAGUUGAAAAUCCUGCAGUCGAAAUUACAAUAUAAUUAUUCUGAUUAUAUUGAAGCCUGGUAUUCUAUUUUCCUCCAUCAAUCUGAGGAUUUUAGACACUCCUGGUUUAUUAAUUUUGACAACAAAUUCAAAAGCUCUUUUCCCUACUGGUUCCUUCACUGGUGGGAAAAACAUGGUCCAGUUGAUGAAAUCCUAUCCGUCCAAAUUCACGAGUUGAUAUGUUAUUUUACUCAAAAGGCCAAAUUCUCUAAGUUAGAUUUGUUCUUCCCAAAACAGUUGCUUUUCAUUGCCAGAUAUAAAGUCCCCUGGAUCCUGAAAUGGUCCUACAAAGUUACCAAAGAUACCAGAGUGUUUGCCCGCCAGUAUUCUGUUAAGUGGUGGGAUAAAUUUGAAGUUGAUAGUAUUGCCAAAUAUGUCUACAAUGAUUUUCCUCAAGUUGCAGUUCCUCCUAAUCCUCAGCCAACAUCUUCUACUGGUUCUACCAGAUCUUCUCUCUCAAUCGAGGGAAAAUCAAAAGCUGAACUACAGGAAAUUGCCCGACAGUUGAUUAUUCAAGCCUCACAAAUGAAUGAUGAUGAGGACAAUGAUUCCCAGUCGUCAUCCAGCUGUCUUCCCAUGCAGAGUCCUGCCAAACCCAAGCGGUGGGCAAAUUAUGAAGAUUCUCAAGACCCAUAUGCCGCCUAUGAUUUGAAUUCUGAUUAG